AUGGAAAAUUUAUUUUAUCAAGUUCAUCCUGACAUUCCAUUUUUCGAUCUAAAAAAAUACUAAUAAACAAAAUUAAUAGCUUCCUCGAAUAAUAGGGUAUACCUCUAUAAGUUUUUGAAUUAACAAAUUGCUGUUAAAGAAAUUAUAUUUCAAUUCUUGUGUAUUAAUUUAUAUUAUUUAGAGAAAAUGAACAUUUAGAAAAACUAAAAAAAUAAUAUUAAAUACAGAAAGAAUAUAGUGAAACGAUAAUCUAAAUAUAUGGAAUGGCUAUGUAAAAAUAAGAAAGAUUUUCAGGAAAAUAUUCAACAAGUAUAAAUUUUAAUUACAGUUAGUAAUCUAUAUCUGUAUGGAAUAUAUGUAAUAUUGUUUAUAAGAUCAUAUUGAAUUAAUUAGAAAAGAAUAGUUUCGAAUAAAUGAAUUUUCUUUUAUUAAUUUAUUGAAAUCUGGCAUUCAAACUCAUGCAUAUUUAUAAUCGAUUCAUAUGUGCCAUGGAGAUAUAAAGCCAUAAAAUAUUUUGAUAAAUGAUAAAAUAAAUCCAACUCAAUUUAAAACUUGUGACUUUGAUAACUUGAUUAAACUUAAUCAAUCUAAGUUACAGCCUUGCAUUUUUUCAACCAAAUUAUAUCAUGCACCAGAAAUAUAAUAAGCUAUAAAAGAAGGAAUGGAGUCAUUUCAUUAUAAUCCAUACAAAGCACAAAUAUAUAGUUUUGGUCUUUGUUUGAUAUAAAUGCAUCCUGAAGUAGAUAUUUGCAAAAUUAAUCAUAUUUCAUUUAUGCGAAUAGAAUAGGUUUAUGGUCAAUUAAUUUCAUAAUUGAUUAUUAAAAUGUUAGAUCCAAUAAAUUAUAAUAGGCCAGACUUCUUUGAAGCAUUAUAAUUUAUAAAUAAGAAUUCAAUCGCUAAUAUAUCAAAGGACUUUUAUACUAUUUAAGGAAAUGAAGUAUUGAAAAGCUAAAAUUCUUGUUUUCGAAAUACUCCAGAUAUGUUUGAUACCUUAAGAAGAGAAUCGAAAUAUCCAAAUUAAUUAUGUGAUAGUGUUGAUACAACUUCUGAAUUCAUAAUUAAAGGUUUAGUAAAUUAAUCAAAUGAUGAAAAUGAUAUUAUAAAUGAUAGUUAAUUAGAACCUUUAGUUGAAAUUAGUAAGCAAUUUAAAUAAAUUAGAUAGCGUGAAGACUAAAAAAAGGUUUUGUUGUACAAAUUAAAUAACUAAAGUAAUAAUUAUAGCUUUUUGCUUGAUAUUACUAAUACUAUCAUUAAUAAUCUUUUUGUCAAUGUAUUAAUUUUGA